GCCUUCUUGGACAGAUUUAGUUUCCUUUAAUGCUGAGUUGAAUAGUUGGAUUAUCUGAUGAAAUUGCAUUCGUAGGGAGUUGUUGAUGAAGGCCUGUUUUGCCUUUGUGUACGACACAAACUGUUAUGUAUCAGAGGCUCAAAUCUGUAAAAUGCAGCUUGGAUAUCAACACUUUUCACUGGAAAACAUGCUAUGUUUGACCAGAAGGCUUCUGUCUGCUGUGGUCUCGUCCCUCACACAGCAGGUGUGCUAGCAUGGUGUCACUUGCUAGCAUCUGAGAUUUAAAAAGAAAUAUAAAUGAAAAGAUGCUGAUUUUCAUGCUGCCACCAGAUUUCCUGCAUUGUUGCCUGCAUUAAUCACCUGCAGGUUCACUGGGUGCAUUUCUAGUUAGCAGUGUAGUUUUACUGCAAAGCUUUAAUGGAGAGGAGCUUGCACUGCGGAGGGUGCCUGUUAGUUUGUGUCCCUGCAAGUUAUGAAAUGGAUUUCUUUUAAGACUUUAAGGUGUUUUUUCUUUUUUAAUGGAGCCCCCUCUCUCUGAAGACUGACCUUAAUAAGUAAUCACAAGAUAUUGUUACAUUGAACCACUAGAUAUGCUUUGCACCACAUGUGGUAUGCUCUGUACCUGAGCAGCUUAUCUUUUAUCACAUAGCAAUGCCUUCAAAUGCAUACUUAGACUUAAAAUGAUGUCAGCCUCUCUAUCCCACCAUCACUUCUGUGAGGGAGGCUUUCUUUUAGCCAGCACAGUUUUACCAGUGGCUGCUGUGAUAAGUGGGACUGCAGAGCUGAGAUGUCCAUCAUGAGGGAGGUUGCUCUGAUGGGAGACGUUGCUGUUAGCUGUGUUGUUUUUGCCAAAUGUAGGACUUGCUGGGUUGGAGUUGGUUUUGCUUCUUGGGUAUAACGGGUAGAAGCAUGGAUAGCUGCCUGCCAGCUGACACAGAAUCACUUGUCCAACAGGUGGAACACCUCUUCGUGUGUAGAGUAGUUAAUGGCUAAACAAGCUUUGUGGCGGGAGGAGGAAGAAUUUAGUGUGGAACAAGGGAUUGAAAUGGGAGUAAUGAAAUUGAGAAUAUCAGGAAAAACCUUCAUGAAGGUGGCUGUAACGAAAAACAGUAAGGAACACAGACUAAAAGGAAACAAAGUGUCCUGUGCGUCCUCCAGCAGCGAUAGCGGCAGCAGCAGCAGCAGCUGCAGUAGCAGUAGCAUCAACAGCCCUGACAGAGCGAGCGGCCCAGAACCCAGCCUGAACCCCGCAGUGACGGGAUCCAGCCCUGUCUCCUCUCAGCCCUUCCAUGAGCAGUCUGCACUAAGUCAAGGUCCUUACUUCCACAUCAACCAGAUCCUGAAGGAGGCACACUUCCACAGCUUACAGAGCCGCGGACGCCCUCCUACAUGAUGAACCAGCAGUUCCUUGCCUUCUGUGAAGGGACAGCACUGUGUAGAUUGGAUAUUUCAACUUAGUUUGUUAAAAUGAAAUUGCACAAAACGCCUGUUGCCUUUUCAGUCUAUAUUUGAAAUGAAAUAACAGGUUAACAGGAAAUUGUUUACUUGUGGUCUGCUGCACUAUUGCAAUGCAAAAGGGGCUUUGAAGCAAUUUUUAUAGGAUUCUUUUUGGGGUGGUUUUAAAGUACGUGUCAAAAGGAGACUGAGGAAUCCACAUCUGUGAUAUAGGAUUGCAUAACGUCCAAUUCCAGUGGACUGCCUAAUCUGUUAGCGAUUUGUUGCUCUGUGUAAAAUUCUUUCCAGCGUUCAUCUUCAGUUUUAUAAGUCUUUUUUUUUUUUAUU